AUGCUCCCCAACCAGACUGUUCUGGUGUUGAAAAUUCCUCAAAUUCCUCAAGCUGUGUCAGAGGGCACAAAUGAAGAUUUUAAUAGCGAAAAUAAUGCUCCCCAACCAAGCUCUUCUGGUGUUGAAAUUAUACUGAAAAUUCCUCAAAAACAGAAAAGAGAAAGAAGAAAGUGUCGUAAAGGCAAAGCAAAACAGAGUCAUGUUUAUGGCCCUGAAGAAAGUGUUAAACCGAAAAUUAUAAAUAUACGUGGAACAUGUGGAGGAGAUUUUAAAGUUCAUGUAAAGGCCAGGAAUGGGAAGGAGUGGAUUGAAUGUUUGUGUAAGACUUGGUACCAUGUGGAGUGUCAAACUGUGCUGGAUCUAAAGUACUUCUUAUGUUCUGAAUGCCAAAUUUCAGAUUAA